AUGGCGGCGCCAACCAGGGCCCGACUGCUCAACACAGCAACCACCUUCAUCACGAACUUCAACAAAGAGAGCCCUGAGGCGGUCAUAGAAAUACGCAGCCCAUCAUGUAUCCACGAAAUCAAGCCCGACUCCUUUGCUAUGACCGGCAAAUACACCAAUGACGAGUACCUUACAAUGUGGAGGGAAAGCAUCCUAGCUGCUUUGCCCAAAGGGAUACAGCUCACUGUCGACGACAGGGAGCCUGUGAUCGAUGAACAGACUAGGAAGGUAGUUUUAUACGUCAAGAGUAGAGCCGAGAGCGUAGCGGGAGUGUAUGAGAACACCUAUGUUUGGAAUUUGACUGUCAGUGAAGAUGGAACCAUGAUUGAUCACAUUCUUGAGUUUGUUGAUAGCAAGACAGCCACGGAUUUCACACAGAAGAUCAUGGCAGCAAUACAACAGACGCAGCAGGGAAAUCCCUAA